AUGUCGGUGGCAUCGCUAGUUCCUGCGAACAGCCAGAGAAGCAGAGCGACGGCUGUGAAGUCCUUCGAAGACUUCCUUGCGAAGAAGGAGGUGACGCUCACAGAAGUGCAUUAUCGUAUUUCUAAGGACAGCACAGGUAAGAGUUUGUUUGUCAUUCUGGAUAAGUAUGGGUGGUUCUUAGUGAAAAAGGUAGGAAGACAAGGAGUAGCUCUGUCCAAGAACACUGUGUUAUCUUAUUUUGGCAAUGUUAAGAACUGGCUGGCGGAUCUGUACCCGCAACAGAGCCAAUGUGUAGCUAAGAAGCUGCAAAAGAUGCUAUCAACUCUAGAUCGGUACUGUGAAAAGAGGCCGGAGCAAGGUGUCACGAAACAAGCGCCACCAUGUACUAAGAAAGAUAUAAAGACUAUCAUCUCGGCUCUCUACAUGCACGCUUCCGCCAACUCCGACUACCUGGAUGCGGCGCUAGUGGCGUUGGUGUGGUACCUCUACGGUCGUGGUUCUGAGGCUGAGCAAUUGGAGAAAGCCCAGCUGUGUGUAUACCCCGGUACGAAUCAUGCAGGAUUUUGA